AUGUCCGCCGCUGCGCUCCGCGCCACUUUCAUCUCUCGCUCGGUCGCGACAAAGGUGCGCUCGAUUAAAACGCGCGAGGGAGACGGUGCGCUUGUGCGCCGCUCGAUCGGGACGCCCGCGCUGCGCAACCUGUCGCCUUUCCUAAUGCUCGACCACUUCGACAUUGCCCAAGGGGCCGGCUUCCCCGACCACCCGCACCGUGGCCAGACGACCGUGACACUAAUGAUGUCCGGGUACGUGCAACACGAGGACUUCAAGGGCCACGCGGGACUCAUCGGUCCAGGCGACAUGCAGUGGAUGACGGCGGGCAAGGGGAUCAUGCACGCCGAAAUGCCCCUGCACCAGGAUCCUAAGACGGGUGAGGCGCUCCCGGCGCCAAUCGGCCUCCAGCUCUGGAUAGAUCUGCCCGCGUCGUCCAAAUUCACUGAGCCAACGUACCAAGAGCUCAAAGCGACGCAGAUACCAACCGCCAAGCCCCGCAGCGCUGAGAUCGUCGACCCGGAAGAGGAAGGUAGCGGAUGGGAGGUCAAGGUGAUCGCUGGCAAGUCACACGGCGUCGAGUCACCCGUCCGAUCACCGGCCAACGGUGAGUGCUGGUACUUUGACGUCAAGCUCGCACCCGGUGGCAAGAUCUUCCAGCCGCUGCCGACUGGCUGGAACGCGUUCCUGUACACGCUUCCAGGUGGCAAUAUCACCAUCGGCAGCAACGCUGCUGCCAGCAGUGGCGAGGAGUACCAGCCGUAUCACACGCUCGUGCUGUCCAACAAGGCUGCGAUCGCGUCCGCGUCGGAAGCGACGGCGAUGGACCGCUCGCGGCAGGAGAACGGCGUCUGGAUCGCACACGCCAGCACCACGGCUGCAGAAGCGGAAGAGGCGCGCUUCGUGCUCAUCGCGGGGCAGCCUCUCGACCAGGAGGUAUGGCAGUACGGGCCAUUUGUGCUUGCAACGCGCAAGGACGUGCAGCAGACACUCCUCGACUUCCAGUUCAAGAGGAACGGGUUCGAGAACGCCAAUGGUUGGGAGAGCAAAAUUUCCAAACGCGCCAGGAGCAACUCUUUCAGCUAA